AUGCUGGGCCCGCCACCACCUCCCUCAUAUCCUCCCGUCGUAUCAGACGAUUCUGUUUCCGUUGAUCCUCUGAGGCCUGAGAUAAACAUCGAUGUUGCACGUCUCGAAGGCAUCUUCUCGUACAACGCUCUCAACCCUCUUCCGAUAGGGCCAUUCCAUUCUAGGAUAAGGAGACCACUGGAAACCCCAACAGACCUCUCAGCAGCAGUGUACGCGCUGACGUCUAUGUUCAACCAUGCAUGCCUGGCAAAUGCGGGUUGGCAAUCGCUUGGGGACGUUAUCAUAAUCAGGGCUAGACGACCUAUCGCAGCAGGCGAAGAGAUCACUAUCCCUUAUACCACAGGCUACUACGAAGACUGUUGCAGAUUUCUGCCGUCCAUGAUCGGCCGCCCAUGUGACUGUCAGCUCUGCGAAGACGAACGGAAGGAUACCGACGAGGAUCGCCGGACAAGAAUAAAGUACCUUGCGAAGCUCAUGAGCGAAGGGCUCAGCAUCUUGAAGCCUGUCAUAGAGAUUCAACAGUGGGCGCAAGAGUUUCAAGGGACGUACUCGCCAUCCCGAAGCACGAUGAUUAAAUUAGAGAUGGCCAGCUUCAACCGCACUUUGGGCGACAAAGUCAGAAAUCUGAUGAACGAGGCAGCACGGAAGGAGGCUGUGGAGUACGACAUGCGGGUGCUGGAAAACCAAGGCUUUAUCAUUGAGCGGAACUAUAGCGCACAGAAAGUUCAGCCGGGCUUUGCUUUGCCUGUGGAUCUCCGCGCAUUACCCACCACAACGACCAUGCGUGCGCCCGUGGCCGGUAUGAUCCUCAUCGCGCGGUCGUACCAGAUCCUAGGCGACAAUGAAAACGCUGAAGCGUGGCUGAAGUCUGCCCAUGCAUAUGUGGCCACUGUGAUAGGCAGCGGAAAGUACUUAUUAAUCAAUAUGUUUGGACCUGUAUUGGACGAAUGCGGGGCGUUACCCGUCGAUCUGUACGCGAUUCCGACGACGACGAUUCGUCCGCCGGUAGUCGACAUGACCAUCAUCGCCAAGACGUACCACCUCGUUGACAACCAAGAAAGUGCGGAGGCAUGA